CUUCCUUCCUUUCUUUCUUCUUCCCCAAACCAGAACGGCAGAGCACGCCGCCCGCACAUUCGCGGCUGCUCGUCCAAACCCUAGAGUCGCACCGCCCAAUCGCCCGAAUCCCUCAUGCUGCGCGCGGCGGCGGCUGCCGCCGCUGCCUUCCCGGCGCGGUUCGCCGCCGUGCCGGCCGUGGCGGCGGUGGAGGAGAUGCGGUCGCCGCUGCUCAGGGUUUUCGGGUCGCUGAGGGGCGGCCGGAGCUCGGUGAUGGGGAGGCGGGCGCGCUUCUGCUCCAGCUCCUCCGGGAGCGACUCCGAGGCCGCCGCGGCGGCCGCAGCGGAGGCGAAGGCCGAGGAUGCGGUUGCCGCCGAGGGUGAGGCGGAAGGCAAGCCGUCCUCCGCCAUCGUCUCCACCAACCCCCGUCCUGAGGACUUCCUCUCGGUCAUUGCACUGCCUCUUCCACACCGACCACUCUUUCCAGGAUUUUAUAUGCCGAUCUAUGUAAAGGACCAAAAGCUGUUGCAAGCCUUAAUUGAAAAUCGCAAAAGAUCAGCCCCAUACGCAGGUGCCUUUCUUGUGAAGGAUGAAGAGGGUACUGACCCUAGUAUUGUAGCCAGUCCAGAUUCAUCAGACAAUAAAACCAUUGAUAGUCUCAAAGGGAAGGAGUUGUUGAAGCGUCUUCAUGAAGUUGGCACUCUGGCUCAGAUAACUAGCAUACAAGGGGAUCAGGUAGUGCUUCUUGGUCACCGGCGUUUGCGGAUAACUGAGAUGGUUGAGGAGGACCCACUUACAGUUAAAGUUGACCAUCUGAAGGAAAAUACCUACAACAAGGAUGACGAUGUUAUAAAAGCAACCUCAUUUGAAGUUAUAUCAACUUUAAGGGAGGUUCUCAAGACAAGUUCCCUUUGGAAGGAUCAUGUUCAGACCUACAUACAGCACGUAGGUGAUUUCAACUACCCACGGCUAGCAGACUUCGGUGCUGCUAUUUCCGGUGCCAACAAGUUGCUUUGCCAGGAAGUGCUCGAGGAAUUAGAUGUAGAUAAGCGUCUAAAGUUAACUCUUGAGUUAGUAAAGAAGGACAUGGAGAUCAGUAAGUUACAGCAAGCAAUUGCAAAGGCAAUUGAAGAAAAAAUUAGCGGUGAUCAGCGACGUUAUUUAUUGAACGAACAACUUAAAGCAAUCAAGAAGGAGCUAGGUUUGGAGACUGAUGACAAGACAGCAUUGUCUGAAAAGUUUAGGGAAAGGAUUGAAGCAAAGAAAGACAAGUGUCCUCCUCAUGUUUUGCAAGUCAUUGAAGAAGAGCUCACCAAGCUACAGCUGCUAGAAGCCAGUUCUAGUGAGUUCAAUGUAACUCGCAAUUAUUUGGACUGGCUGACGGUAUUACCAUGGGGAAAUUAUAGCAAUGAGAAUUUUGAUGUUCAUCAUGCCCAACAAAUCCUUGAUGAAGACCAUUAUGGUCUGAGUGAUGUUAAAGAGAGAAUACUGGAGUUCAUAGCAGUUGGGAAGCUAAGAGGGACUUCGCAAGGGAAGAUCAUAUGUCUUUCUGGGCCACCAGGAGUCGGUAAAACUAGUAUUGGUCGCUCUAUUGCACGUGCAUUGAAUCGACAGUUUUACAGAUUUUCUGUUGGAGGUUUGGCCGAUGUGGCAGAAAUCAAGGGGCAUCGGCGGACCUAUGUUGGUGCAAUGCCAGGGAAGAUGGUGCAGUGUCUCAAAUCAGUUGGGACAGCAAAUCCUCUGGUAUUGAUAGAUGAGAUCGACAAGCUUGGGAGAGGGCAUUCUGGUGAUCCAGCGAGUGCACUGCUGGAACUUCUGGACCCUGAGCAGAAUAUUAAUUUUUUGGACCACUACCUUGAUGUUCCUAUUGACCUAUCCAAGGUUCUGUUUGUUUGCACAGCAAAUGUUAUUGAUACAAUACCUAAUCCGUUGCUGGAUAGAAUGGAGAUCAUUUCAAUAGCUGGUUAUAUAACUGAUGAGAAGAUGCAUAUUGCUCGGGACUAUCUGGAGAAGAAUACUAGAGAGGCUUGUGGCAUUAAACCUGAACAGGUUGAAGUUACAGAUGCUGCCCUCCUUGCCCUUAUUGAAAAUUACUGCCGAGAAGCAGGAGUGCGGAACCUUCAAAAGCAGAUUGAGAAAAUUUACCGGAAGAUAGCUCUGCAGCUUGUCCGCCAAGGGGUAUCAAAUGAGCCAGCCCUAGAGGCUGUGAUUGUCACACCAAGCGUAGAACCUACUGAUGGUGGUAGUGCAACAAUCGUGAAAGAUGAGAAGUUGAAUGAUCCUGCCGUCAAAGAUCCCGAGGAAACUAAAGAACCAUCUCUGAAAGAAACUCUUGUAACUGAGCCAGCUCUAUCAACCGACACAUUGAGCACACCAGAGGGCAACAAGGACACAGACGGAGUAAAGGAGGAGGCAGCAGACAAGGCAGUUAAGAAGGUACUAAUUGAUUCAUCAAACCUUGACGAUUUUGUCGGGAAACCUGUAUUCCAUGCUGAGCGUAUAUAUGAGCAAACUCCUGUUGGAGUGGUCAUGGGUUUAGCUUGGACUUCUAUGGGUGGUUCUACUUUGUACAUUGAAACAACAAAAGUGGAGGAAGGAGAAGGAAAAGGUGCACUUGUGAUGACGGGGCAGCUUGGAGAUGUCAUGAAAGAGAGUGCUCAGAUUGCUCACACAGUCAGUAGAGCUAUACUACGAGAUAGAGAGCCAGAUAAUCAAUUCUUUGCAAACUCAAAGUUGCACUUGCAUGUUCCUGCAGGGGCCACCCCUAAGGAUGGCCCUAGUGCUGGAUGUACCAUGAUUACAUCAAUGUUGUCCUUGGCUAUGGGAAAACCUGCCAGGAAGGACUUAGCAAUGACUGGUGAAGUAACAUUGACUGGAAGAAUCCUCCCAAUCGGCGGGGUAAAAGAGAAGGCCAUUGCUGCCAGGCGAAGCUCAAUAAAGACGAUCAUAUUUCCAGCAGCAAACAAAAGGGAUUUCGAUGAGCUUGCUGCUAACGUAAAGGAGGGUCUCGAGGUUCACUUUGUUGACACAUACAGUGAAAUAUACAAGAUAGCUUUCCAGAACGAGACGGAAACAAGCUAGCAAGCAAUUCAAACAGAGUAUUCAGAUUGCGCCGAGGUCUUUGGGGCAAGACUGAAUACUGAACGAAGUUUGCAGCUAGGCCAUUCUUUGCAAGAUCAGGAGUAACUUUUUGUUGUAAUGAUUGUUUUUUCCUAGUGCCCCAUGUGACAAUAUGUUUUACGGAAAUUUUGACGAGAAUGUCCGUAGCUAGAUAGCUGAGGAGCCAUGUCAAAUAAGGAAAACUAGAGGUUUGUUACAAACCCAAGAAUGUACAAGUUUUUUUUAAUGAUUCUACGAUUGUUUCAUUAUGGACUUUGUUGGUA